AUGGGGGAUCAAAGACAAAGAUUUAGCUUUCGCCUACCCUGGUCAGCUCCAUCUGCACCCACUCGUCGUCCUUCCCCUGUAACUAAUAAUCCGUCCCGUGCCACCUCAAACCCUAACCAGCCUAAUGCCAACCCUACCACUGCUUCACAAGGACCACCAUCACAAUCUCAAGGUUCAUCACAAACACCAAAAGCUCUUCCAAGGUCUACGACAUCAACAAAAACAUCUCCCAAACCCACUUCCACCGGAAGUCCUAAUGUUACUAGGCAAACUGCAAUCAAAACAAAAGACCCUGCUCCUACAUCUACUUCCCCAAGUCAACCUACAGUUGAAACCCGAAGGCCUUCCUUAACCACUCCGCAGCCUGUAAGACCAGCCGCUCAAACAUCAAAACAAGACGUAGAACAGAACUCUGUUCCACAAGCUCAAGCCACACCAAAACAACAACCCUCUUCACCUUCCCCUAAAAAUUUUCAGUCAGGAACUUCAUCUCAGACAACGUCGCAAUCACAAUUAGGCACACAACGCCGAGCUACUUCCAAAUCCCCGCCACCUUUAAAUGCAUCACCUCAAUCUAGAGCACCAUCUCAUACAUCUCCCAAGUCCAAAAACGCCUCUCAGUCCCCAUUAGCAUCCCCUCCAAAAUCCAGUGUAUCAGAAACUGACUCUCAACCUACAUCACCUUCUCGAUCUCCACCUAGUCCUGACAAUCAUCUAUCAGGAAAAAAUACCAAAAAUUUUCAACCAACAACAGAAACACCUACUCAAAAAGGCUCUCCAUCUACCAUAGAGAGCCCUGUGCCACAACUACAAGCUCACCCGGAAAAAGAUAUUACUGAUGAGGUGAUCUCCAAGGCCCCAAUAGAAUCAACGGUUAAGCCCAUUGCCAUUCCAACUUCGCAACAAUCAGAUCCUCUACCAACUAAACCAACUCCAAUGACUGCUGAAGAAACGAAUGAAAAAUACAAAAAGGUAUUGCACUCAAAUUCCCCCAUGUUGCAAGGGAAGCAAUCUACCACAGCAUCACAUCAGUCAAACAAAAACAGGGCAGGCACGUCUCGCCCAAAACCUAUGGCAACAAAUGGAGAAGGGAUAUCUAUGCAGAAGGAGAUCAAGAAUGACAUCUCCAAGCUGACUCAAAAGAUGGCUAGUGAGCAGGGGAAACCAGUGAGUGUUAUAACCCUAGUCGGUGAAAACAAAGGAGCCACCAUGCAAAUAGGGUCACAAAAAGAAGGAACGGUCCACAUUCACAGAGGCUAUAAGCUCAACCCUGAUGAACGCGCUGAAGCCACGUCUGAAGGAGACAAAAGCUCGGUAGACAAAAGACCAGAAGAAGCUAAUACCAAGGAAGAUCAGAUGACAAAAGCAUAUAUGAAUAGUAAUUGCCAGGGAAUCAAUAACUCUAUUGUGUUCAAAAGUUCCAUUACAGAAAGGAACCCUGGAGUUCACCUCACUCUCACUCAAAAUCCAACAGAGCCCAUCAAGACAACCACUAAUGCAAACCAACUUGUGGCGCAAAAGGUGGAAGCCAGCAUUACUCCUUCACAAAAGCUCACUUAUGAGACUACAAUCCGAAGGAGGUGCUUAAGAGGUCUCUUGAUGGAAUCAAGUGAUUCUGAUCCAGAUAAUCCCGAAAAGCCUCGACGCCAUGGAUGUCGUUGUAGUUAUGGUGAUCUGAACAAAGAUAAGGACAUAGAUCUUCUCUGA